AUGGCAGACACGCGCGCAACACUGAUCUUCGUGUAUGGAACGCUGAAGACGGGACUCUGCAACUACGCCGUCUACGUCCAGCCAGCCAUCGAGCAGGGCAGGGCUGCGUUCGUGGGCGCCGCUCGCUCCACGAACGACGAGUUCCACAUGAUGCUGAACGACGAGGGCUUCUUUCCCUGUCUGUACCGCGUGCCCAAAGGAGAGGGCGACCGAGUGGCUGGGGAGGUCUUUAGCGUGGACGACGACACGAUUGCAGCGCUCGAUGCGUUCGAGCGCGUGGACGAUCGAUUUUACGUCCGAGACGUUCUUGAUGUGGACCUCGUGGAUGGCAAGCGCAAAGGAGAGACGGUGACUUGUCAAGUGUACUUGAUGCCGGUCUAUGACGACUUGGCCAGACUCGAGCGCAUUACGAACUACACGGCUGCGAUGAACACCCAAUUUGCACGGGCAAUGACGACCCCCCACUCUGAACUCGUCGAGAGCAUCCUGGCCAAGAUGAAGGAAAGGCAGAAGACAGCUCAGUGA